UCCGGGAUCGACGUAUCCCGUCUUGGCGGCGAGUGGAUUUGCCUUGUCCUUCGACGAUUCUUCAAGUUCCUGGUUCGAAGACAUCCCGUGCGGUUCGCGCUGCGUAUAUAAGUCAAAACCAGAUCGCGAGCAAGGUGCACAGCCCGGACAGUCCUUCAACCAGUAAGGAGGUCGACAGCGAGCAUGAUGCAGGCACUGAUGCCAGUUUUCGCGAUCCUCGGCGUGGCGGCGGGCGCGCAGCUGACCCUGCUGCCCUACGCCUAUCUGGCGGAUCCGCUUCCGGUGUACCAUCAGUCGCAGGACACGCGCAUCGGGGUGCACGCGUACAGUUACGCCGGCGGCCCGUCCGCCAAGGAGGAAGUACGAGGUCUCGACGGGGUCACGCGUGGCUCCUACAGCUACGUGGACGCGCACGGCAUCCUGCAAUCCGUCUUCUACGUCGCGGAUGAGGGCGGCUUCCGCGUCGCCGCGACGAAUCUGCCGAGCGACGGCGAUCUACGACAUGAAACCGGCGAGGUCCUGUUAGUCAAGAACGCUCACCUGCAGGAUCACGCGAAGGCCGUCGCGCAGGAGGCGGAGAAGCAGGCGGUGAAGAAGGUGGAGGAGCAGGAGGUGCGCGCAACGAGCCGCAGGAGGCGCAGCCUCGAGGCGUCGGCUGAUCAAGAUCAGCGUCAGGCAGAAAAUCCGAGUUCCCAGGCGGAUCAGGCUGAUCGGGAUCCCUCGCCGAGGGAUUCCCACGAGCUUCCAGCGCCGGAGAAAAAAGUUGCGGGCUCCGUCAUCGCGCCCGUCUACGGACUCCUGCGCUCGGUGCUGAUUCCCAGAUUAACCGGCACGGCGACUUCUCAUCAGAGCCGCGUCGAUAUUCACAACAACGUUCGCUUGAAGGCCAUUCAGCCGCUCGAGACGAUCAGCGUCCUGGCCGAACCGGAGUACAAGACGCUGCUCCUUCCUGCGCAGCUGCCGUUGGCGACAUCCCAUCAGAGUCGUCUUCAAGUACAUAACAAUCUCCACGUCGAGACGCCGGAAAGGAGUCGGGUAGCGGUCGAGGUCCAGGCACCAGCGGUGGCCGCUGUAAAGUUGCAGUCUGUUCCAGUUAUCACUGUCCCCGAUUACAACGAGAAUCGAAUCCAGUUACACAAGAGACUCGGAUUGGAAGGUCCAAACCGCAAGGACGCCGUGAAGAUUGAAGGGGCACAGGUGGCGGUCGUGGAUACGCCGGUUGCGGUCCCAGCGGUCUCCGUUGUCGCUUCCAAGGAAACCCUUCCUGUUGUCAGUGCCGUCUCCAGCCAGAGCAAAACUCAGAUCCAUCGCAGUACCAAUCUCAAAGUGGCUGUGCCGAUCGCGAGCGAACCGACCGUGUACGUGGCGGCUUCCUAUGCCCAACCGAUCACCACCUGGCCGAUCUACGCACCCAUCGCUCAAUCCUCUCAGUAUCGCAGUCAGAUACACUCGAGCGAGAAGAUUGAGCUGGCCAAAUAAGGACUCGUCGUUUCGCUCGCUGGGAAAUCUCCUUCGGGCGUUCCUACUUACUCCACGAUCAAUUCCAGCGACUCGAUCGUUAGGCUUUGUUUCAUUCGUAAAUAAUAACUUGAGCCUUUGCAAAAUCGAAUAUACGAAAUUUCGAUAAAUUUAUAAUUUUUGAAAUUUCUCUGCAGACAACUAACAGUUGUAUAAUUUGCAAAAUGUACCUCUCCAUCUUUCGUUAGAUAAGCUGUUACAAAAUUAUAUUGUAUGAUUGAAGGAAUUCUGUCGCACGGCGUUUUGAUCAUAAAAAAUAUCUAGGUUUUAGAGUAAGUGAUUAUUUUAUAUGCGGACCAGUCACUUGCAUCGUGCUCGAAGAGUUAGGAUAAGGCACUCUUACGCAUUCCCUGCGAGAGUUCCAUGAACGGUCGAUGAUAAGACCGUGGUAGCUCGCUUUAUGGACAUUAUUAUUACUCGUCCUCACCUUAUUCACAUGUAUUCAUCCUCCUGUAACGAGCAUCUUAACAUUCCUGUAUUAAAUUAUUGUACGAUUAUACGGAUUUGUACGGAUCAUUAAAAACACAUUGUCAAC